GGACGGUUGGUUGACAAGUUACCACUUUAUUUUGGUGUGCUCAGUGCUCACGUUUCUGAGUUCUGUUUACACCCUCGCAGCUAGCUGGGAUCUUCUCCCUGCACUGCACCUGCAAAGAUGAGGAGGAGCAACACCACCACCUUCGUCCUCCUCUCCGUCGCAAUCCUACUGCAGGGCACGUCCCACGUCGUUGCUUCGUCGCAGGAGGCUCAGCUCAGCAAGCUCAUGGCGUCCGGAAGAAGCAGGCUCAGGCUCAGCCUCAGCCCAAACGGGCCUGCCGAGACCGACACAUGCUCAGACUCCGGCACCUACGCGCCACUGCCCGAGCGCUGCAAGCGCCCGCCGAGCGGUGGGAAGGAGGCGGACAGGAUCAAGGAGCUGCCCGGCCAGCCGCCGCGCGCCAGGUUCGGCCAGUACUCCGGGUACGUGACGGUGAACGAGGAGCGCGGUCGCGAGCUCUUCUACUACUUCGUCGAGUCUCCCGCCGACGCGGCCUCCAAGCCGCUCAUCCUGUGGCUCAAUGGAGUUUUUUCUGGCGCAGGGCCGGGGUGCUCGUCGCUGGGAUACGGGGCGAUGAUGGAGCUCGGCCCGUUCCGUGUCAACCCCGACGGCGAGACGCUGAGCGAGAACAAGCACGCCUGGAACAGUCUGGCAAACGUGAUCUUCCUGGAGUCGCCGGCGGGCGUCGGGUUCUCCUUCUCGAGGGACGCCGCCGACUACAAGACCGCCGGCGACAGGAGGACCGCCGAGGACACGUACAUCUUCCUGGUGAAUUGGCUGGAGAGGUUCCCCGACUACAAGGGCCGCGAGCUGUACGUGGCGGGGGAGAGCUACGGCGGCCACUUCGUCCCGCAGGCCGCCACCGUCGUCACGCUGAUGAACCGCCGCCUCCCCGCCCGGCAGACGCCCAUCAACCUCCGCGGCAUCUUCCUUGGCAACCCGUUGCUGGAUCUGUACCUUUACGAGAAGGGGAAGCUGGAGUUCAUGUGGAGCCACGGCGUGAUCUCCGACGAGGUGUGGGCGAGCACCCUCCACAACUGCAGCUUCCUCCACGACCUGUGCUCCUCCAACGCAUCGGAGCACACGUUCGAGGGAGGGAGGAUGGACUGCUUCAACCUCUACGCUCCGGUCUGCCUCCAGUCGCCCAACGGAACCUACUACUCCAGCAGCCACUUACCUGGCUACGAUCCGUGCAGCGACCAUUACGUCAGAUCUUACCUCAAUAGCGUCGAGGUGCAAGAGGCCCUGCACGCUCGGAUCAGAAACUGGUCAGCCUGCAUGCCGAACUUGGUCUGGAACGAUUCCCCUGCUUUCAUGGUGCCAACCAUCAGAUACCUGGUCGAUUGUGGGCUCAGAGUAUGGAUCUAUAGUGGCGAUUUCGAUUCCAUAUGCUCGCUUACCGCGACAAGGUACUCCGUCAAGGAUCUCAAUCUAGCAGUCACCAAAAAGUGGGGUCCCUGGUACACCCCUAACGGCGAGGUUGGAGGCUUUGUUCAGCAGUACCAAGGAGGUUUCACGCUGGCGUCGGUGAGGGCGGCUGGUCAUAUGGUCCCUACGUUCCAGCCGGAGAGAGCACUUGUUCUGCUCAGGGCUUUCCUGAGAAACACGCUCCCGCCGGCUGACAUCGUCACGAACUGAAGAACGUGCACUCCGUCAGUCCGUCGUCGGGAUAGUUGUCUCCAUCCACGACCAUCUGCCAUUGGGGAAAACUUCCGCCGCCGGACAUCAUCUCCCGCGUCCUCGGGUUGUCGCGGCGAGUUGCGGCCUGCAGAUCCGAUGUAGCUCUCCUUCCCGAAUUCGUUGCGUCGACGCUGCCGUCGCAACCUCCAACACCGACGACGACGACGAUGGAUCUCCCGCCGCAGCCUCCCGCCUUGCCUCCACGAAGAAAAGGCCGCGCGAGGGCGGAAAGCAAAAAAUAGGGAAACAACGGCAGUAUGUUGGAGAGGAGAUGACGCCCUUUUCUAAAAAAAAAAACGUUUUGUGGUUGUUUUAUCAGCUGUCUUGGAAUUGUUCAAAGGACAAUGAUAAAGUACAAAACUGUUCAGGACUUGGUGACGCGAAUCUUUUGAUUUGGAUCUCAAGUUUACGAUAUUACCAAACUAGUUUAUGGUUGA